AUGAAUUCAGAAAAGUUUCCUCAAAUAAGGGCUGGUGGUUCACUCCUCCUCGCUUGGAGAAUAAAAAAUAAAAAUGUUCUUAUCGUUGGUGGUGGCAAUGUUGCUUGUAGUCGAGUCAUAAAAGCAUUGGAAGCUGACUCUUCAAUAACACUUGUAUGCCCUGAACAAGGUCUCAAGGAAGAACUAAAAUAUCGUAUUCAACAAAAUCAAAUUCGUAAAUGGAUUAAUCGUGAAUUUGAAAUUUCCGAUUUAGAUGGAAUGGAUAUGGUCCUUUCCGCCAUUGAUGAUCCGGUGAGAUCACGUGAAAUAUGUCAGUUUUGUAGAGAAAAGAAUAUUCCUGUUAAUGUGGCAGAUGUUCCACCAUUAUGUGAUUUUUAUUUCAUGGCAGAACAUCGAGAUGGUCCUCUUCAGAUAGCUGUAUCCACUAAUGGAAAAGGUCCAAAAUUAGCUACUAUAAUUCGUGAUCAUAUUCAGGAUAAUUUACCUAAAAGAAUUGGUGACUCAAUAGAAGCGGUUGGAUUAUUAAGACAAAAAGUAAGGGAAGUCGAUCCUGAUCAUGCUUCAUCUGAAAAGAGGAUGAAUUGGAUGUCAAAAAUUUGUGAGGAGUGGUCUUUGGAUGAAUUAAAAAUGUUGAAUGAGAAAAAAAUUGAUGAAUUGAUUUCUCAUUAUAAAAAUAAUAAUGUUCCAAAAUAUUCGGAAAUCAUUUCUUCUGAAGGUAAAAAAGGUUACACUGGUCGUAUUAUCAUUGUUGGUGCAGGACCUGGUGAUCCAGAAUUAUUAACUAUUAAGGCCACCAAGGCUCUAAGUUCAGCUGAUUUAAUAGUAUCUGAUCGACUUAUUCCUAAAGCUGUAUUUGCAAAUGUAACAUGCGAAAUCCGUUUGGCUCCUUCUAAAUCAGGGGAAACUAAAUCUGAAGAUGCACAAGAUUUACUUCAGAAUUGGUGUCUUGAAGCAUUAAAUGAAGGGAAAACUGUGAUUCGAUUAAAAAUAGGUGAUCCAUUCUUGUUCGGACGUGGUGGAGAAGAAGUGGCAUUCUUUAAAGAAAGAGGUUGGAAUGUUGAAGUGAUUCCGGGUAUUAGUAGUGGAUUAUCAGCUCCUAUGGCUGCAAAUGUUCCAGUCACUUAUAGGGGUUUAUCUGAUCAAGUUCUCAUCACCACAGGUCAAGGUACUAAAGGAAAAUUACCUAAUUUACCUACUUAUGAUAUUAUGCGUACGACAGUUGUUCUUAUGGCUGUUGGUAAAGCAUCCGAGUUGAGUAAAGAAUUGUUGGAUAAAGGUUAUCCUCCAGACUUACCUACAAUCUUUAUAGAAAAUAGUAAUCGUCCUGAAGAAAGAUUAAUUGAAGCAACAGUUUCAACAUUAGGUGAGGUGGUUGAGAAGGAACAUGUAGUUGCACCUUCUACCCUUGUCAUUGGUAGAACGGUGAAUACAUUGAAAAACCAGGAAUUAAUUUGUUAA